AUGUAUAACUACAGCUUUUUCUUUCCUCGGCUUAAUCUCUUUACACAACCCCCAUCCAUUUUUCUCAAAAGUGAUGAUGCUGAUGAGGAGCGUUUGCUAACUGAAGCUGAAAUUGCUCUGGAUCGUAUAGAAGCCCUUAUUAAAUCAAAUGCUAGUGAUCAAUUGCUAAACAGCCCAAGCCAUCUCAGUAGAUUAGGCCGAGCUUCGGGCGAUUCUCAAGUGUCAAAUAACCAAAUGUCUGGGACUCAACAAAGUGGUAAUCAAGUUCGCUCCUUUUCACCUUCAUAUUCUUCUCCCGAGUCUUCCCUCUCUGAAAUGGACACUGGCGCCCCUAUUCAGCAAUCCCCGGUUAAGCCUUUGCAACCCCUAAAAAAGCCCUGGAGCCUGGCUAAAAAGGCUGUGGUGUCACUGUUAACAGCCGGUGGAACGUUUAUCGUCUACAAAGUUGUCGUCAAGGCACCCACCUAUGAUGGUCCAGAGGUCGAUCUUCAGGGUAAAACCAUCGUAGUUACUGAGGCGGCAAACCGGAUGUCACGUAAUUUGCUACGAGAAUUGGCUCAGCGCAAGGCAACUCUAAUCCUAGCAACAAAAUCGAUGGAUGAUUGUGAAGAUACACGCUAUCGUUUAAUGCGAAGCGUUCCAGGUGUUGAGGAGACUCAUAUCGAUUGUCGACGCCUGGACCUAGACAGCACUCGAUCGAUACGUAGAUUCGCUGGAUCAUUACUUGCAGAUUACCCAGGUGGUAUUGAUCGACUGCUCAUUCAUCCACCGAGUGUUCUUACUGGUGUUAUUGCUGGUGAUCGACGUCUGACCCAUGAUGGAUUUGAGCACCAAUUGGGAACAAAUUUCUUCUCAUUUUACCUUCUUUCUAGACUCCUUACUCCCGCUAUGCAGGGUCCAAACCGAGACGCUCGAAUCAUCUUCACACUAGAUACUCGUGCUGCAGGUUUUGCAGAGUCUGUGGCUGACAAAGAUCCCAAUACGGGAUCUCCUCUUCUCCCGAUCGAUAAUUGGAACUGGAAUGAGGGUUACACGCCUUCAGCUGGUUAUCAAAGAGCUCAGUGGGCUCUAUUUCUAUUUGCCGGCGAACUGGCCAAACGGACGGGUAAAAGUGGACCUACUGUGCUUAUCGCAGACCUCUUGGUUAACAGAACCUCCCCUCCGGAAGUAAAUAAAACAGAAAACGGUUGGUUGAGUGCACCAAGUAGAUGGUUGCGGAAUAUUGGACGGAGCUAUCUCACGCUGGGCUACAUCAUCACUCGAAUUAUACCUCAAAGAGUUACUCCGACUGAAGUCAUGUGCACUGUGGCUACAAGGGACAGUCUUGAACUUCCACAGAGCGGUGGUUCCACAACUCCUAAUGACCAAACGAUACCCGUCUAUACGAAUUUGAAAAGAGAGAAGCCUUCGGAUCCGGUUGAUAGAUCUGAAGCUGAAAACCUGCUCUGGUUGCUUGGAGAAAAGUGGACUAAACUUGAUACCCACCCUAAGCCUGUUCCCCUACCUCCUAAAUUUUAG